CUUGAUCUCUCGGGUACAUCAAUGUUAAACUUUUCUAUAUAUGAAGUCAUUAUUAUACUACGUAUUAUAUAUAUUACAGUAUUCACAAUUGAACAAUACAUAAUAUAUAAAUUAAUAUUUCAUAUAAGUCUGUCGAUCGAGGAAGGCUUUCACAACGGAUUUGGAAAUGCCCUAAUUAAAGCUGGUUGGAGAAAACUGAACGUUGAUGUAGUUUGGGGAAAUUCAGGACUCGAAAUGAAUCUGGAGAUUUUGUUGCACGGGGUGCUAAGCGGGAUUGGGGAAGUUCUUCUCCGAUAUUACUAAAAGGUUCACCAAGAUUUUGUUGCACGGGGUGCUAACCGAAACCACUCCUGGGUUGACCAGUUUCAGGUACAUUGUCUAGUGUUCUGCAGUCAACUAUGAUCUGGUAAAACCAGCUCCACCACUAGUCCAAACGUAUGUAGUCAACUAUACCGGUUAGUUCCUUACAUAUUAUAUUUAGGGGCUGUUUACUUUUUUCAUUAAGUUAUGAAUGGAUUAAGACGUCUGUCUAAAUUAAGACGUCUGUCUGGAUUAGUGGUGGACUCGGGCCGGGCCAAUCGGCCCGGAACCGGACCGGCCCGCUACUGUGCGGGCCCGGACCGGCCCGGUUUGUCGGUUAGGUCACGGUUCGGGCCACCCGGCCUGGUCAUGUAGCGGUUCGGGCCCGGGCUUAUAAUUUGGUGAACCGGCCCGGCCCUCAACGGUCACAAAAAAAAAAAAAAAAAAUUAAAAAAAUUUGAAGGCUCUACUAGCCGUUGUGAGACCUCCCAAACGGCUCUAUAGCC